AUGGGUGGUGUUGGUUAUGGUCUCUAUUUUGUUGCAAAGCUUCAACAAGACAAGGAAAGUGUGGAUGAGCAAUUUUCUCGUGCAUUUUCCCUCCUAGACCAGCUUUCCGCAGAUACCGCUGCCCUCAAGGCUGCUGAAGAAGCCCGAACAUCUCGACUUGACACUGCGCUCCGUGACGUAGAGGAAGUCGUUCAAGAGCUCAAAGUUUCCUCCCGGAGACGUGACGAUGAAACUAGGCGCAUUAGUGAAGAAGUAAGGAGCUUGAAGGAUGGCAUUCCAAAAGCCAUUGAAGGAGCUCGCGAAGGGAACGAGAAACGGCUACGGGAGCUCAACUCAGAGCUAAGGAGCUUGAAGGUUCUCCUGACAAAUAGACUUGGUUCUGGCGCAUCGACUCCAACGCCUAACGCUGCCACCACAACUGCCGCUACUCGACCAGACGUCAAUGGCGCUGCUUCUGCCACUCAACAAACCCCGUCACCUGCUACGCCAAGCCCUGCUGCAGCCUCCGUACCAGCCUCAACUCCAGCUCCACGAGAGCGCUCCGGCAGCCCGUUUUCUCAGCUUGGGAAACCAGCAAGCAUUCCAGCAUGGCAGAUGGCUGCUGCUAACAAAGCCAAGAGUACUGCAGCCUCUCCUUCAGUUGAAGAUGCAGGUGAAGAGGCCGAAAAGGCUGAAAGCAACCAGCAGUCUGCAUCUACCGCCAGUUAA